GGCAGCGUCCGUGGGCCCGCCCAGCGAGCCGCCCGCCCAUCGCCAGGGCGCAUAUAAGCGCGCGCCCGGAGCCUCCGCCACAAGACACUCAGCAGUCGCCGCUCGCCUCGCCCGCCCUUCGCCGCCCAAGUCCAUACACGCUACAGGUGCAGUAAUGAGGGCCGCCGGCACACUCCUGGUCCUGGCCGCCGCGCUGCUGGCCGGCUGCGGCGCCGACUCGCAUCAGGAACAAGGAAUGAAUGGGCACGGAGAUCGCUUCGACUCAAACGAUGCCAUAGAGGCUCAGGAGGUGGAUGAUUUACUUCGGUUCUUAGUCGCAUACGAGAAUAGCCAGGACUAUGGCCGGAAUAUCAACGGGAUCGGGGGAUCAAGUCUGCUAGGAAGAAACAUUAAUGGUAUCGGGGGAUCAUCCCUUCUUGGCAGAAACAUCAACGGGAUUGGCGGGUCAUCCCUUUUGGGGAGGAACAUCAAUGGGAUUGGAGGGUCUUCUCUGCUCGGCAGAAACAUCAACGGUAUAGGAGGAUCCUCGCUGUUAGGAAGAAACAUUAACGGCAUCGGAGGCUCAUCCUUGCUUGGUAGAAACAUCAACGGGAUUGGGGGUUCCUCCCUACUGGGCAGAAACAUAAAUGGCAUCGGCGGGUCCAGCCUGCUCGGCAGAGACGUUGACGACUACCAGAAGCCAAAGCGGUUCAUCGAUUCUCUCGGCGGUGGGAACUUUGUGAGGAACUUGGACUCCAUCGGGGGUGGAAACCUGGUGAAGAAGAACCUGGAUGCUCUGGGCGGUCCCAACCUGAUCAAGAGAACCCUCGACUCGCUUGGCGGGGGCAAUUUGGUCCGUAGUCUGGACUCUAUCGGCGGGGGCAACUUCGUCCGCCAACUUGACUCCAUUGGUGGAGACAGCCUUUGUUUCUCUUCGUCCAUUUACUUUCACCCUUUAUGUACAUACUUUAUGAAUCAAUACACACUUUUAGCCAGCAUUUAUAAAUUCUGUCACCUGUUUUCAAACCCUCUUCGCAACUCUAGGAUUCAUCACCAAACUAUCAUCAACCCACUAACAACAAGAGUUAUUUCAUCACGCACUCCCACAUCUCACCCUAAUCUUCUACCUCCACAUCAUCUUCACACCUGUCUCUGUCUUCCUCUAUUCACCGUUCAUUGCACUUGCACCCGUGUAGAUCACAAGACUCGAACCCUGGACCCUGCGGGCGGGGGCCGCGCGCGCCCGGCGCGGGAGGCUCGCACGCUGUUCCUGUUCUACAACCCCUAUAGUGGGGAUCUGUUGCCUGGGUUCGAUUCACCGGCAUCGGACAGAGGCAAAAGAAACUUCGAUGAAAUUGACAGGUCUGGCCUAGACAGCUUCGCCAACAAGCGUUCGUUCGACGAGAUCGACAACUCCAUGAUGCCGUUCCCACACGCCAAGCGGUUCCUGCGCUACUACCGACCCACCUUCCUGGGCGCCCCCGAUUUCGACAGGAAGCGAACACGCGCGGACUACCCCAUGGACGAGAUCGACGUGUCGCAGUUCCCCAUCGGCUCCAAGCGCUCCGAGCCCUUCCACAACCUGGCCUUCCGAUAAGCACCCCACUCAGCACUAGCGUAUGGGUUCUCCACACU